AUGACGGCGGUCAACCAUCAUUGGAUCUACGAUCCUUUGGGUCUGAUUGGUCCGAUUUAUGUUCAAGCAAAGAUGAUUUUACAAACGUUAUGGCAACUCAAGAUUGAUUGGGAUGAGUCAUUACCUACAGAUUUACAUACUAUUUGGUUGCGUUAUUAUCAACCUUUGUCUUCAUUGCAAGAGAUCAACAUUCCACGAUUAAUUGUUGAAGUUAAUUUUGAUGCGAUCGAGAUCCAUGGAUUUUGCGACGCUUCGGAAAAGGCAUACGGAGCUUGUCUUUAUUUACUUUCAAUUAACAAGGGAAAUCGCACUUGCCGAUUAAUUUGUGCUAAGUCAAGAGUAGCACCAUUGAAAACAGUUAGUUUACCAAGAUUAGAGUUGUGUGGAGCAGUGUUAUUGGCCAGAUUAAUGGACAAGACUACCAAGGCGUUAGAUCUGUCAAUCCAAAAAAGGCAUUAUUGGGUCACGGAAAUCCACGAAUUAGCACGAGAUUCUCAAUGGCGUCACGUCAAAUCUCAGGAAAACCCAGCUGAUUUAUUAACACGUGGCAUUCAACCGGAAGCUUUGAAAAACCUAGAAUUAUGGUGGAAGGGACCCCGUUGGCUCAUCGAAGACGAAGAAAUUCCACCUCUCGUGUUAUCAGAACUAGAGGAAGACAUACCAAAGAAAAAACCCCAGAUUGUUGUUUGCACAGUUGCAAAUCAAGAAUGUCAAUUACUCACUCGAUAUUCGUCAUUUAAGAAAUUAAGGAACGUAAUAGCGUAUUGUUUGCGUUUUUUACAUAAUAGUAAAAAUUCAGGAGAACGAAGAACUGGAUUUUUGUUAGUAUGCGAGUUAGAGGAAGCAAGGCGUGUGAUUAUGAGAUUACAUCAAGCGCAACACCUCUCGAGCGAAAUAAGGGAUCUUAAGGCCAAACGUCCAAUUGACGCAAAAAAUAGGAUAUUGUAUCUUGAUCCGUUUAUCGAUUCUUAUGGUAUUGUUAGAGUAGGAGGACGGCUGCAGAACUCCUCGUUACCAUAUGUUCAAAAGCAUCCAAUUUUAAUUGCAGCCCAUGAUCAUUUAACAGAAUUGAUUAUUCGAGAAGCUCAUUUGAAGAAUUUACACGCUGGACAGGAAGCUUUACUAAGCAUUCUUAGAGAACAAUAUUGUAUUGUGGCUGGACGAUCCAUUAUUCGAAAGGUAUUGCCAAGAAGAGGACGAUGCGCGGAUAUUUAUUCCGAGAACGGGACAAAUUUUGUGGGCGCUAACAACGAAUUGAACGCACUAGCACGUUUAUUACAAAACUCGGAGCAUCAACAACGAGUUAAUGAUUUUUUAACUGAACAAAUGAUCCAGUGGCAUUUUUUUCCGCCGUACUCUCCUCAUAUGGGCGGGAUAUGGGAAGCCGGUAUUAAAUCGGCUAAAACUCGUCUGAAGAAGGUAUUAGGGGAGGCCUUGUUAACUUUUAAAGAGUUUUACACGUUAAUAAGCGAAGUAGAAGCUUGUCUUAAUUCGAGACCAUUAACUCCUAUGUCAAAUGAUCCGUCGGAUUUAUCUGCAUUGACUCCUGGUCAUUUUUUGAUUGGGACGCCUUUGACGGCUUUACCGCAGUUGGAUUUAUUAGAGUGUCCUAACAAUAGACUUACUCGUUAUCAGCUGUUAAUCAAACUCCAACAGCAUUUUUGGUCUCGUUGGAGUCAAGAGUAUUUAUUGCAACUUCAAGCACGACGUAAGUGGAAACGAGCUUUAUCCGAAAACGAGAAACCCAAAAUAGACAUGCUAGUGGCGUUAAAGGAUGAUCAUUUGCCACCACUCAAGUGGAAACUUGGCAGAAUUGUUGAGGUAUAUCCAGACAAAGAGGGUCAUAUUCGUGUUGUGGGUGUAAAAACAGCCGAUGGUAUUGUGAAACGAGCGUUACAAAGAAUUUGUGUUUUACCUAUUUUUGAUGUUUAA